ACUACUCCCCAGCCAGAGUUACCUUCUCCCCAGACUACUCCCCAGCCAGAGUUACCUUCUCCCCAGACUACUCCCCAGCCAGAGUUACCUUCUCCCCAGACUACUCCCCAGCCAGAGUUACCUUCUCCCCAGACUACUCCCCAGCCAGAGUUACCUUCUCCCCAGACUACUCCCCAGCCAGAGUUACCUUCUCCCCAGACUACUCCCCAGCCAGAGUUACCUUCUCCCCAGACUACUCCCCAGCCAGAGUUACCUUCUCCCCAGACUACUCCCCAGCCAGAGUUACCUUCUCCCCAGACUACUCCUCAGCCAGAGUUACCUUCUCCCCAGACUACUCCUCAGCCAGAGUUACCUUCUCCCCAGACUACUUCCCAGCCAGAGUUACCUUCUCCCCAGACUACUCCCCAGGCAGAGUUACCUUCUCCAGACUACCUCAGCCAGAGUUACCUUCUCCCCAGACUACUCCUCAGCCAGAGUUACCUUCUCCCCAGACUACUUCUCCAGCCAGAGUUACCUUCUCCCCCAGACUACUCCCUCAGCCACAGAGUUACCUUCUCCCAGACUACUCCUCAGCCCAGAGUUACCUUCUCCCAGACUACUUCCCAGCCAGAGUUACCUUCUCCCCAGACUACUUCCCCAGCCAGAACUACUCCCCAGCCAGAGUUACCUUCUCCCCAGACUACUCCUCAGCCAGAGUUACCUUCUCCCCAGACUACUCCCUCAGCCAGAGUUACCUUCUCCCAGACUACUCCCCCCAGCCAGAGUUACCUUCUCCCCAGACUACUCCCAGCCAGAGUUACCUUCUCCCCAGACUACUUCCCAGCCAGAGUUAUCUUCUCCCCAGCCAGAGUUACCUUCUCCCCAGACUUCCCUCAGCCAGAGUUAAUUUUCCCCAGACUACUCCCCAGCCAGAGUUACCUUUCUCCCCAGACUACUUCCCAGCCAGAGUUACCUUCUCCCCAGACUACUUCCCAGGCAGAGUUACCUUCUCCCCAGACUACUCCCCCAGCCAGAGUUACCCUUCUCCCAGACUACUCCCCAGGCAGAGUUACCUUUCUCCCAGACUACUCCCAGCCAGAGUUACCUUCUCCCCAGACUACUCCCAGCCAGAGUUACUUCUCCCCCAGACUACUUCCCCAGGCAGAGUUACCUUCUCCCCAGACUACUCCUCAGCCAGAGUUACCUUCUCCCCAGACUACUCCUCAGCCAGAGCUACCUUCUCCCCAGACUACUCCUCAGCCAGAGUUACCUUCUCCCCAGACUACUCCCCUCAGCCAGAGUUACCUUUCUUCCCCAGACUACUUCCCAGCCAGAGUUACCUUCUCCCCAGACUACUCCCCCCAGGCAGAGGAUUACCCUUCUCCCCAGACUACUCCCAGCCAGAGUUACCUUCUCCCCCAGACUACUCCUCAGCCAGAGUUACCUUCUCCCCAGACUACUCCUCAGCCAGAGUUACCUUCUCCCCAGACUACUCCUCAGCCAGAGUUACCUUCUCCCCAGACUACUUCCCAGCCAGAGUUACCUUCUCCCCAGACUACUCCCCAGCCAGAGUUACCUUCUCCCCAGACUACUUCCCAGCCAGAGUUACCUUCUCCCCAGACUACUUCCCAGCCAGAGUUACCUUCUCCCCAGACUACUCCCCAGCCAGAGUUACCUUCUCCCAGACUACUCCCCAGCCAGAGUUACCUUUCCCAGACUACUCCUCAGCCAGAGUUACCUUCUCCCCAGACUACUUCAGGCAGAACUACUCCCCAGCCAGAGUUACCUUCCCAGACUACUCCUCAGCCAGAGUAGUUACCUUCUCCCCAGACUACUCCUCAGGCAGAGUUACCUUCUCCCCAGACUACUCCUCAGCCAGAGUUACCUUCUCCCCAGACUAUUUCAGGCAGAGUUCCCCCAGACCAGCCAGAGUUACCUUCUCCCCAGACUACUCCUCAGCCAGAGUUACCUUCUCCCCAGACUACGCCCCCAGCCAGAGUUACCUUCUCCCCAGACUACCCCCAGCCAGAGUUAUCUUCCCCCAGCCAGAGUUACCUUCUCCCCAGACUACUCCCAGCCAGAGUUACCUUCUCCCCAGACUACUCCCCAGCCAGAGUUACCUUCUCCCCAGACUACUCCCCCAGCUCAGAGUUACCUUCUCCCCAGACUACUCCCUGUUUUUCAGAGACUUCUCCCCAGACUACCCCCAGGCAGAGUUACCUUCUCCCCAGACUAUCCCCAGCCAGAGUUACCUUCUCCCCAGACUACCCCCCCAGCCAGAGUUACCUUCUCCCCAGACUACUCCCAGGCAGAGUUACCUUCUCCCCAGACUACUCCCCAGCCCAGAGUUACCUUCUCCCAGACUACUCCCAGGCAGAGUUACCUUCUCCCCAGACUACUCCCAGCCAGAGUUACCUUCUCCCCAGACUACUCCCCAGCCAGAGUUACCUCUCCCCCAGACUACUUCCCCCAGCCAGAGUUACCUUCUCCCCAGACUACUCCCCAGCCAGAGUUAUCUCCCCAGCCAGAGUUACCUUCUCCCAGACUACUCCCAGCCAGAGUUACCUUCUCCCCAGACUACUUAUCUUCCCAGCCAGAGUUACCUUCUCCCCAGACUCCCCAGCCAGAGUUACCUUCCCCAGACUACUCCCCAGCCAGAGUUACCUUCUCCCCAGACUACUCCCCAGCCAGAGUUACCUUCUCCCCAGACUACUCCCCAGCCAGAGUUACCUUCUCCCCAGACUACUCCCCAGCCAGAGUUACCUUCUCCCCAGACUACUCCCCAGACUACUCCCCAGCCAGAGUUACCUUCUCCCCAGACUACUUCCCAGGCAGAGUUACCUUCUCCCAGACUACUCCCAGCCAGAGUUACCUCCCCAGACUACCCCAGCCAGAGCUACUUCUCCCCAGACUACGCCCCCAGCCAGAGUUACCUUCUCCCAGACUACUCCCCAGCCAGAGUUAUCUUCUCCCCAGCCAGAGUUACCUUCUCCCCAGACUACUCCCCAGCCAGAGUUACCUUCUCCCCAGACUACUCCCCAGCCAGAGUUACCUUCUCCCCAGACUACUCCCCAGAAUACUCCCCAGCCAGAGUUACCUUCUCCCCAGAAUACUCCCCAGCCAGAGUUACCUUCUCCCCAGACUACUCCCCAGCCAGAGUUACCUUCUCCCCAGACUACUCCCCCAGCCAGA